CAAGUUGGUAGACGAGAUCAUCUUGUCUCCUGACGUCACCCCAUCCAUCAUUCCUGUUCCACGUUUGUUCCUCCCCCGCUAUCAUUUACGUUUCACUUUUGUUCCACCCCGGGGAACCGCGUCUCUCCUCCCAGUCACUGCACCGAGAGCCCCGCGGAGCAGCGCAACCACUGGGCAACAGAAGAGCAGGCAGCCAAAUGGUUGUCAGCCAUGUUGUUGGUGUGACAGACUCAACAAGCUGUCAGCAACAGGUCCUCCCGAGAAGUAAUAGCGAAACUAAAAACUUUCAACGCUUUCAACGCAUCGUUGCACAUUGGAUAAGUCGUCGGCAAGAGCAGGAUAUUAACUUAGGACUUUUGGAAAACUCGGAAAUGUGUCAUUUUACUGACCUUAGCGAGAGAUAUCAACCAGAGAUGACUCAAAGCAGUAGCUGAGGACACAAUCGGGAGUUCAACCCCUCGCUGGCUCCCCGACACUAGCAAAUAUGAAUGGUGGUGCUAAUGUGUGGGCUGUCACGCCAGAAGAGAGGUUGAAACAUGACCAACAGUUUGAUACCCUCGCCCCUUCAAUGGGUUAUGUUUCAGGUGAGCAGGCGAGGAAGUUUUUCCUUCAGUCGGGGCUACCUGCUUCAGUUCUGGCUGAAAUAUGGGCUCUUGCUGACAUGAACAAAGAUGGCAAGAUGGACAGGUUGGAGUUUUCCAUUGCGAUGAAGCUUGUGAAGCUCAAACUGCAGGGAACGCCGCUUCCUUCUGUCCUGCCAGGCAUCAUGAAGCAACCUCCAGUAGCUGUUCCCAAUCUCAGCUACGGGAUGAUGCAGAGCAUGUCCCUGAUGCCUGGAACCAACCUUUCUAUGUUCACACCUGUAUCCAUGGCAACCCCAGGACCCACCUCUUUGCCAACAAUGGCAGGCCACAACCUGGGAUUUAUUCAGCCAAUGGCUGCUGGCACCUUGGCCACUGGUCUUCCGCUUUCUGCUUCCUCCUACGGUUCUCCUCUUGCAUCCAGCGCCACUUUGCCACCCUCCUCAAUGACUGCCCAAAUGGCAGCAGGCCUCGGGGAGUGGGGUGUGCCACAUGCCUCCAGACUCAAAUAUAGGCAGCACUUCAACGUCUUGGACAAGCAGAUGACGGGAUACCUCACUGGUCCGCAGGUGAGAGGUGCCAUGGCAACCACAAUGCUCAGUCAGACUCAGCUCGCCUCUAUCUGGAAUUUGGCUGAUGUGGACAAGGAUGGCAAGCUUUCGGCCGAGGAGUUCAUCCUGGCCAUGCAUCUAGUGGAUGUAGCCAAGAGUGGGCAACCACUGCCGCGUACCCUGCCAACUGACCUGGUGCCACCCACACAACGGAGCCUUGCAAAUGGAUCCAGUGUGUCCAACUAUGCGGCUCUUUAUGAUAAUUUGGAUGUUGAACUGACACAGCAAGCCAGAAGCAACAUGUCAUUCGAGGACAAAUUCAAAGCCAACCUAGACCGCGGUAAUGCAGAGCUCGAGAAGAGACGAUUGGCGUUGCUGGAAGCGGAAAAGAAAGAGCAGCAGAGGCAAGCUCAAAAGGCACGAGAGGAGCAAGAGCGACGGGAGAAAGAAGCUCGCGAAGCGGAAGAGAGGAGGCGGAAAGAGGAGGAGAGGCGGCUGGAGCGCCAGAGAGAGUUGGAGAGGCAGAGAGAAGAAGAACGUCAAAGAGAAAUUGAAAGAAAAGAGGCUGCACAGCGGGAGCUUGAGCGGCAAAGGAAGGAGGAAUUUCAAAGGAGGAAAAGAGGCGAGCUCCAAAUAAAGAGGCAGCAGGAGCAGGACGACAUCAUCCAGCUCAAAGCUAAGAAGAGGAGUUUGGAGAUGGAGUUGGAAGCUGUGGGUAACAAACAACGGCAGAUUUCUGACCGUUUGCGUGACAUUCAAAAUAAGAAGACUCUUCCCAGGACUGAGCUGGACCUUCUCAAUCAGAGGAAAGAUGCACGCCAUCUUGACAUCAAAAACAUUCAGCAACAGAUUGAAGAGUUCCAGAAGAAAUUAGCCCUAUUGACUCCAGAACAGAAAAGGCUGACAGAGAUACUCCAAAGCAUGGCUGUGAAUAACCUGUCAGUGUCCACCAUCUCCAACUUGAAGCUCAAUGUCACCCAGAAGCGAGGUGCAUGCACAAACUUGAAAACUCAGGUGGAAGCCCUUGAGAGAGAAACUGCUGCCAAACUGGAAGAGCUGGACCGGUAUAACAAAAACAUGCAGGAACUAAAAACGAGCCAGCAAAUGCAGCAGGCAGCACUCGAGAACCUGCGAAGCAUCAAAGAGGACAAAAAGCAAGAGCUGAUUCGAAAGAAGCAGGAGCACGAGGAGAGGAGGAAACUAGAAGAAGAGAGGAGGCGGCAGGAGGAGGAAGCUCAAAGGCUUAUCAAGCUAGAAAAGGAGCGUCAGUGGAAGGAGAAGUUGAGGAGGGAUGAGGAGGAGCGCCAAAGACUACUUCAGGAGGAACGUGCGGCCAAACAAAGGGAGGAGGAGGAGAAAGAAAGGCAGGCUCUCAUCCAGGCAGCAAAGUUGGAGGCCGAACGAGAGCUUAGGGCAAAGCAGGAGGCGGAGCGCAAGCGCAGAGAAGAAGAGGAGAGGAAAAAAAGGGAGGAGGAGGAACACCGGAGGCAAAUAGAGAGACAGAGGCAGGAGGAAGAGAGGAGAAAACUGGAGGAAGAGAGGAGGCAGUUGGAGGCUGAGAGGAAGAAGCUGGAGGAGGAUAAAAGGAUGGAGGAAAGGAAAAGGAAAGAAGAGGAGGAGCGACUGAAGCGGGAGGAGGAGAGAAGGAGGCUGGAGGAAGAACGCCAAAGGAAGCAAGAGCAGGAGGCAGAGGAGAGGAGAUGGAUUGAAGAAGAACGCAGAAAGGAGCUGGAGCGGGUGGAGGAGGAAAGGCGGAGACAGAGGGCAGCCCAGGCGGCCGUCCGAGACUCUGAGGAGAGGAGGAGGUUCGAGGAGGAGGAGCGAAAGAGGGAGGAAGAGAAACGGAAGCUUCAGCACCAACAGGAAGAUGAUCGGAGGAGGCGUGAAGAGGAACGAAAAAGAGCAGAGGAGGAUAGAAAGAGGAAGGUGCAAGAAGAGGAGAAGAAGAGAAAGGAGCAUCAGUCCAGUGGAGGAGGCAAGAUUGACAUUCAAGAGAAGCUCAACUCUCUGCUUCGAGGACUGGAGGAAAGGAAAGGCCGGCAACCACGGACCAUGCAAUCCAGCAAGUCGGUGACUCUUACACCCUUCAGGUCACUUUACCCGUUCACGGCACGAAACCACGAAGAGCUCACUUUCAACCCGGAUGAAAUCAUCGAGGUGGAUGAGACUGUGGAGCCAGAGGAGGGUUGGUUGUAUGGGCACAGACAAGGGCUGAUGGGUUGGUUCCCAAAGAGCUACGUCGAGAGGGUGGGCCAGUCGGACUCGGCAGCCCCUGCGCCACCUCCGAAGUUGCCCAUUCAGUCGCAGCUUUCUCAUGCUCUUGAAGCGGCAAAAGUAGCUGGGACGAAAUCUGCCUUCACCCCAACACACUCUCCAAACUCUACUCACUCUGACACACCAGGACAGCAGGUGGUAGGGAACCUGCUCGCCCAGGCUCUGUGCUCCUGGACCGCAAAGACGGACAACCAUCUGAACUUUGAAAAGGAUGAUGUGAUUCAGGUGCUAGAACAGCAGGACAGCUGGUGGCUGGGAAACCUGAAGGGAGAACAGGGCUGGUUCCCCAAGUCUUACGUCACACUUGUGGGCGAAGGGGACAGUUCAGACAUGACAAACUCCACAUCCGGUGGUGCAGAGAUGAGCAACAAUCAACAAUUUGAAGAGUACACAGCGUUAUACCCGUAUGAGUCAUCCGAGCCUUCAGAUCUGACGUUCAGAGAGGGGGAUGUGAUCUUGGUGACCAAGAAAGAUAGAGAAUGGUGGAACGGCGUCAUUGCCGACCGCUCGGGCGCCUUUCCCGGCACCUACGUCAAACCUAAGGAAGCGGAUGUGAGCACAAAGAAGAGAGAGAUUGGCAAGGUCACCAGAGCCCAUUCCUCCUCUGUACCCGGCCAGCUGAACCUGGAGAACGGCCAGCUCAUUGUCGUCCUCAGCAAGGACGCGUCAGGCUGGUGGCUUGGAGAGCAGCAGGCCCGAGGUAAAAAGCGUCAAAAGGGCUGGUUUCCUUCCUCACAUAUUCAAAUAUUGGCGUCUAAUAGCGGCAAAUCCACACCAGCAGUCCAGUCAGGAGCGUGUCAGGUGAUCGCCUUAUACGACUAUGUAGCCGCCAACAAGGACGAUCUGAGCUUCUCAGCGAAUCAGCUGAUCACCGUCCUCGACAAGAGCAACCCGGAUUGGUGGAAGGGAGAAGUCAAUGGGGCUACUGGGUUGUUCCCCACCAAUUACGUUAAGAUGAUCACAGGAGACGGUGACCCCAGUCACCAGUGGUGUGCAGACCUGACCAGCUUGGAGUCGCUGAGCCCGCUCGAGAAGAAGAGGCAAGGCUACAUUCAUGAGCUGCUACAGACCGAAGAGAGAUACGUGGAGGACUUGCGGACAGUGCUUGAGGUUUUCCAUAAGCCUAUGUCGGAAUCUGGACGAUUGACUUCUGCAGAGAUUGACAUGAUCUUUGCCAACUGGAAAGAACUGAUUAGCUGCAACACUAAACUUCUCAGGGCGUUGUCUGUUCGGAAGAAGAGCGGCGGGGAGAACAUGCCGGUGCACAUGGUGGGAGACAUUCUGGUUGCCGAGCUGUCCCACAUGCAGUCGUACAUCCGGUUCUGCUCGUGUCAGAUUCAAGGAGCUGCAAUGCUGCAGACUCGCACUGACAAUGAGCCUGACUUCAAGAGCUUCCUCCAGAAAAUCAGCUCCGACUACAAAUGUAAAGGGAUGCCGCUGUCCAGCUUCCUGCUAAAGCCCAUGCAGAGGAUCACACGCUACCCACUGCACAUCAAAAGUAUUCUGGAGUGCACUGCAGAGGGCCACCCUGAUAGAGGCCCUCUGAAAGAAGCUCUGGAGAGAGCAGAAGAACUUUGUCAGCAGGUCAAUGAAGGUGUGAGAGAUACGGAGAACUUGGAUAGGCUGGAGUGGAUUCAAAAUCACGUCCUGUGUGACGGUGCAGCCGAGAAUAUUGUUUUUAACUCUAUCACCAACUGUUUGGGCCCAAGAAAAUUACUCCACAGUGGCAAGAUCUACAAAGUCAAGAGCAACAAGGAACUUUGGGCCUUCCUCUUCAACGACUUCCUGCUCUUGACUCACUCGGGGAAACAAUUCACCUCAUCCGGCAUUGAUAAACUGUUCAGCGCCAAGAACAACACACACCUCAAAAUCUACAAGCCGCCUAUUAUGCUCAAUGAAGUUUUGGUGAAACUGCCGGAUCCUUCUAGUGACGAUCCCGUCUUCCACGUCUCGCACAUCGACACGGUUUACAUACUGAGGACGGAGAACAUCAACGAACGGACAGCUUGGGUUCAGAAGAUCAAGGCAGCGUCUGAAGAAUCUCUCCAGAAGGAAAAGAAAAAGCGGGACAGGGCCUUCCACUCUCGAUCCUUGAAGGGAACUGGAAUUGGCCGUCUUCUCGUCACAAUCUUGGAAGCCUCUGAGCUGAAAGCAGUCAGGUCCAAUGGUAAAAUGAAUCCAUUCUGCGAGGUGACCUUGGGAUCUCAGGUCUUCACGUCCCGAGUGCUCAAUGACACCGUGUACCCCAAGUGGAACUUCAACUGUCAGUUCCAAAUCAAGGACAUUUACCAAGACGUCCUCAGCAUCACCGUAUAUGAGAGGGACCCGUUUGCUCCUGACGACUUCCUGGGACGGACAGAGGUUCCCAUAGCAAACAUAAAGAAAGAGCUGGAGGGCAAAGGCGGCGGCGGAGCGCGGCGUCUUGUGCUGCAAGAAGUGUCCAGUGGGGAAGUGUGGGUCCGCUUCGACCUGCAGCUCUUUAACGGCAAAUAGCUUAACCAAGGCCUGCCUUAAUGUUGUGAUGAAGGAAGGCGGAAAAUCUGUCUGACAUUACCCCAAUCCUCCUGAAGGGCUGGUGUUUUUUUUUGCUUACUUUUUCUUGGAUGAAAAGGGGAAUAUUGACAAAUCUUCAAUGAAGCAACUGUUGAGUCAGGUUAUUCAGGGCAAAGUCCACCAAACAAGUUGUAGUAAACUCGAGGACCUUUGCUCCAGUCUGAAGCGAGCAUGACUGAUGGUUUUGCUGAUGUGCUGUCUUCCCCCAUUUUGACAUGAAAACAGUAGCACUAGUUUGAGCAAAGUCUACUGCUGUAGAUAGAUCUCAGGCUAUUUCAUUCUGGGUCAAGUAAGUCACUGUUAUGACACAAGGUGCCGUCUCCUCUGUGUGAUUCAAGUUUGCAAUCUUUGUAUUGUGUGCUUGCAAGCAAAAGCUCCUUUCAACUCGUUGAACUUUGUGUGUUAUUAUUAUUAUCUCACAAUCAAUUUCUAACUAAAAGUUUAUUUUGUUGAUAUCAAAGCUUGUAGGACACACUGUUCUUCGCCAUAUGUAGACUGUGGUUAGGGGGAGAUGAUUUUUUUUUUUAUAUAGGAGUAAAAUCACAGCAAUUUUCCAGGGGCAUUCUACUAAUUAACUGAAUAGUGUCUUUAAAAGUGUCUGUGUUUCUUAUGUAUCGUUGAAUUGCCUAAGUUGUCGUGGAAGGAGGAAGGUUUGUUUAAUGAUUGUUCUUUAAUUUCUAAUCGUCUUGUAAUACAAUCAACACCUUUUCCUCUUUCUUCCCCCCUCUCAAAGUCCCUCGCAAUUAUCUUUUACAUUCAAGCCUGAAACAGAAGCUGUGCAAUAAUAAUAAUAAUAGAAUUAAGAAUACUCUUUUGUGUUCUGUCCUAAGUGAAUCCUGCUGUUUAUUUACAGCUAGUGUGCUUGCUGCAUCACUUUUCUCAGACAAAUGUAUAGUGUGACUUUUUCUGUUCUUCCAUCCCACCACAGAUGUGAAUGUCACCACACCCUCAGCGAUGUUUAAUGAUCUAACAGUAAGCGCCUGCCAGGGUUCUGCAGAUUAAUUACAACGUGUAUUUAUUUCUGUAUUUAUGUGAGGGACUAUCCGAAGGUAUAACGCUUACAUAACCGUGUUCGUAUUUACUGGUUGUUUUUUUAGGGUCAGCAAAACAUGUUACCAUGUUUUCUGUAAUUGUUAGUAAUUCCUCUCUUGUUAGUUCAACCUGUUUUAGAUCUUUUAUAAAUUACAUUGAUUUGACUUUUUCUUUCCCUUUUUUUUUUUUUCAUUAUUCAAUUUUAUUUCUGCACAGAUACUGGACUGCAUAAGUCCUCCCAAUAGACUUGUGAAACGUGUUUGUUUGGUUGUACGUUUUGCAGCCAUCUGCUGUGCCCGCCGUGUCUGUCUGUUUACCUGCUGUUUGUACUAUCCUGGGCCUGAUUGAGGCACUCAAGGGUUGUCGAGUCAAAAUAAAGACAUUAAAAGUG